AUGUCGACACGGCAGUACAAAUCUCUGGGCGAAGAGCUCUGGCGCCAAAAUCCAAGCAAAGUGAAUAGUGAGCUUUUUUCUCUUUCGUAUGGUGCCUUGGUGGUCCAAUUAGUGAAGGACUACGAGGAUUAUGCGCAGGUCAAUGUGCAGCUGGAAAAAAUGGGCUACAAUAUUGGGACGAGACUCAUCGAAGACUUUUUAGCGCGCUCGAAUCUCCCUCGAUGCACGGAUGUGCGUGAAAUGGCUGAGGUGAUAAGCAAAGUCGGGUUUAAAAUGUUUCUGAACAUCACGCCUGCGGUGUCUUUCCAAAAUGUGAGCUCAGCUGCAUCUCCAUCCUACACGGAAGCAUCAAUGCCCAAAUCAAAAGUAUCCACAGAAUCAGCUGUCGCUCCGGAAACUCGCGCUGCGCCGCAAGAGUUUACUUUGCAAUUCGCCGAAAACCCCCUGGCCGAGUUUGUGGCGCUGCCUGAAGACGCGCUACAAGGUGGUCUUUGGUACUCUAACGUUUUGACGGGUGUGUUACGUGGUGCACUAGAGAUGGUACAGAUCCAAGCAGAAUGUACAUUUGUGACAGAUGUACUACGUGGUGAUGAGACGACAGAAAUCCGCGUCAAGUUGAUCCGAUUCUUGGACGAGGGGGCACCGCCAGCUGAUGAUUAA